AUGGCCGUAUCUGUUUCUAUCAUGGUGCCACAAAUGGCAGGUGCUGCGAGAUGCCUCCCUGCUGCUAGGUCCCUUGCUCAUGGUGUUUCUGUGAGCGCGGUUCUCUGUGGUGCUGCUGUGUUGGCGCCUUCCCUCGGUGCCUCUGCUGCGGCCAGUCUGCAUGGUGACGUGGACUCUCAACGCUCCACCAGUUACAGCGCGUUUGAAGUGGCUGCUGGAGGGGUGGUGUUCGGUUCGGAUGGUGCUUCGAGGACGUACUUGAUGAUCAUCCACGCAUACCUCGUCUGCACCACGCUAGCGCUCGUCCUCUGCUGCACGGGCGUGUCCCUCUCCCACCUUCUCGCAUGCCUGCACCGCCACCUGUCCGAUGCGAAGCGUGGGAUGCAGAGGCUCCAUUCUACAGGCAUUUUCUAUAUGGCGUUGGUGGGCUGCCAGAGGUGUAACAAGGAGGAAGGAGAACAAGGAAUGGAUGCAAUAUGGAGGGAGGUGCAGGUGGUGAGGGAGGAGAGGGCAGGGGAGGUAUUGAAGCUGGUGGGGAAGGUGGACGAGAUGAGUCAGCAAUGGGGCCAGGAUCUGGACGAUCAGAUGAGCGGAUUGAGAGUUGUGCUAGAAGCAACGAGGAGGGACGUGAGAGUGGCACGGGAGGAAGGGGCUGAUGAGAUGAGGAGGGUUUUGGGGAAGGCUGAAGAGGUGGGGCAGCAGUGGGGAAGGGGAUUGGAUGAUGAUGUGAGGAAGUUGGUGGGGAGGAUGGAAGAGAUGCAGCAAAGGAUGGAGCAACGGUGGAGGGAGGAGUUCAAACAUGAAGUUCUAACCGCCUCUCUGAAAGAGGAGCUGGGAAGAACAAGGAGAGAGAUGCUGACGGCAAAGGAGGAAAGGGCACGGGAAAUGCAAGAGGUGAUGGGGAAAAUGGAAGAGUUGAAGCAUUCAAUGAUACUAGAGUUGAGGCAUGAGAAGGAGCAGGUGGAGAAGGCGAGGAGGGAGAAGGAGCAGGUGGAGAAGGCGAGGAGGGAGAAGGAGCAGGUGGAGAAGGCGAGGAGGGAGAAGGAGCAGGCUGAGAAGGCGAGGAGGGAGAAGGAGCAGGCUGAGAAGGCGAGGAGGGAGAAGGAGCAGGCUGAGAAGGCGAGGAGGGAGAAGGAGCAGGCUGAGAAGGCGAGGAGGGAGAAGGAGCAGGCUGAGAAGGCGAGGAGGGAGAAGGAGCAGGCUGAGAAGGCGAGGAGGGAGAAGGAGCAAUGGCCACAGCUAAGAUCAAAGCAGCUGCGGGAUUGCAUUCAAUACUAUUUUUCAGAGCUGCUAGAGGAGGAGGACGAUGACUCUGAGCUAAUGGCAGAGGAAUGUCAGAGAAGGUUGGAAAAGUGGCAGCUGGCAGAGGAAUUUGAACACGUCUUUGAGCGAGCGCAGGGAAAGAGGGCAGAGAAGGUGGAGAAGGCAAGGGAGCGUAGGCGGGUGGAGUUUAGGCAGACGGACUGGAAGCAGAGAAAGGGGAGAGAAGUGGCUAUUGAUAUGAAGAGGGAGAGGUUGCAGGGAAUGGAGAUUAUGACCGGAGAGGUGGAGGUGGGGAAAGUGGAGGAGAAAAAGGUCGUGACGGCCAUGGCGCUCCCCGUCGCGUUUCACGUCGCCACACCCAUCGCGCCCGUCGAGGCGCUCGUCAAGGCGCUCGUCAAGGCGCUCAGCCUGACGGCCGCGACGACCGCGAAGGCGAGCCCCGAACGGCGCCCCGCUUCCCGUCGUCCUGAUGCCCUGCUCCCCGCCGCGCUUCCCACAGCCGCGGGCGCCCUGCUUCUCGUCGCCGCGGGCGCCCUGCAUCCCGUCGUCGCGGGGGCCCUGCUUCCCGUCGCCGCGGUGCCCUACUUUCCGCCGCCGCGGCGCCCCGCGUCCCGUCACGCUCGGUGCCCUGGUUCCAGUCGCCGCGACAUCUGCUGUGGGAGGAGGUGGUGA